AUGUUUACCGUGAUUAGCGCGGCUGUUGUAUGCAAUGCGUGGCUGGUAGUCUCUGUGGAGAGCAAUCCGACCGGCGGCUGCACUAUGGUGUCACUAUUCGGCUAUCAGGAAAUUAAUAAAGCCUUUUUACUAAUAGAGAGCACCAUUUCAUUUAUCAUUCCUACAUUAACGAUCAUCUACAUGGAUGCCUCCGUGUUACUUGGACUACGAUUUAAACUGAUGGCACCCAAAGCUGAGCAGCCGGAUCUCAGACGUAACAUUGCCCCCAGUUCAAAUGUUGGUUAA